AUGAUCCAAACCUGCAGCCACUCUAAUCCCAAUAAUCCCAGCACCCCCACCAUCCGUCCAUGGACAUUGGACCACUCGGUUUACAGCUGUUCCGGCGGGCCACCCAACCUCAACGCUCUGACAUUGCUCAACCGCAGAAUGGCCAUCGCGCGUAAGGUCAUUGUCUCUGCCAAUGGCGAAGGCCUCGUACUGCAAACGGCGUCGUCCAAAACUCAGCGCUCGUCACAGCAACUCUUGAUUAAAUAUGGCGACGGUACUGUCUCUUACCUGCCCCGCGAAAAUGGGGCCGAUUCACCACCGGGUUCCUCGCCAUCCUUUGAGGUCUUUGGCGUCAUAGGACUUAUGGCGGUAUUCAGACAGAACUUUCUCAUUACUAUUACACGCCGGGAACAGGUUGCGCAGGUCAAGGGCUUUCCCGUGUAUGUUGUGACGGGUGUUGCGAUUACGCCGUGCUCGUCGCAGGCGGAGACGGAAGCCUCUAUUGCGAAGACGGCUCAACAUUUAAACAACAAGGACACUGGAGACAAGUCGCUCGAUGACAGCGACACACUGGAGGACGAGUCGGAAGCUAUCCCGCGGGUGAGUGUGAGCGACGAUGUCGACGACAUAGUGCACGUUGAGAGAAACCCGGAGGCAGCUAGCGUUGAGGAACCUAUCACUAGCACCGUAGCUGAGGACGUUAUUCGCCGAAGGGGAAGCUUCGGCCGAUUUGCGCAGCGAUGGUUCAGCAAGAAGGGGUGGGUACUGGAUCAGCGACGGACUAUGGGUCUGAGCAGACCGCCCAUUGAGCAAGAACCUGUGCCGGCGGCUACCCGGGAUUCGAGGAGUUCCGAGGACAGCAUUGAAGGGACAGGGACCGCGCUGCUUCCCAAGCUCCUGCAUACGACGAGGGUAUUGUUUGGCUCUUCUCGGAGUUUCUUUUUCUCGUAUGAUUUCGACAUAACGAGGAGCUGGGCAGAGUGUAAAGCAUUUGAACCAGAGAUUCCUCUCUACGCUCAAGUGGCUCCCAUACACUUCUGGAAUAACCACCUCCUUCUGCCAUUUCUUUCUGUCGGCGCAGAAUCAGUUGCUCUACCGAUCAUGCAGGGCUUCGUGGGCCAGAAAUCCUUUGUCAUGGAUUGCCACCCGCCGCAGGUCGACGACUCAGAACCCGAGGCGAUGGAAAUGUCUAAUCUCUUCCUAAGCGGCUCCGCGCCUACGUCGCCUCCGGACGAAUCGGUCAAGGAGUUCAUCGAGCGUAGACCGACUGAAAGAGACUUCUUAAUUACGCUUAUAUCUAGGCGGUCGACGAAGCGCGCUGGUCUUCGGUACAUGCGCCGAGGUAUAGAUGAAGACGGAUAUACUGCCAACUCUGUUGAAACGGAGCAGAUCCUAUCUACUCCGUCGUGGAGCUCAUCACCACCGCUUGGCACUAAGAUUUACUCCUUCAUGCAAGUUCGAGGAAGUAUCCCCGUCUACUUCACGCAGUCGCCGUAUUCCUUCAAGCCAGUUCCAGUAAUCCAACACUCUCCCGACGCGAAUUAUUUGGCGAUGAAGAAGCACUUCACUCACCUCAAACAAUCAUUUGGUUCCAUACAACUUGUCAACCUUGUCGAAAAACACGGCCCGGAGGCCAUCGUCGGCGACGCUUACGCAGACCAAGUCGACCGCCUGAACGGCGAAGUACCCGAAUCUGAGAAAGUUCCUUUUGAGUGGUUCGACUUCCAUGCCGUCUGCCGCGGGAUGAAGUUUGAGAAUGUCAGCCAACUGCUCGAGAGGCUUAAGGACACUCUUCACGAAUUCGGCAGCACGGUUGAAGCGGACGGGAAGAUCGUUCGUAAGCAAGGGGGAGUCACGAGGACGAACUGCAUGGACUGUCUGGAUAGGACGAAUGUGUGCCAAAGCAUGUUUGCGAAGUACAUGCUGGAGGCGCAGCUUCACGAGGAAGGGUUUGAUAUGAGUGCCCAGGUCGACCAGAACGCGUGGUGGUUUAACAACAUCUGGGCGGAUAAUGGCGACGCGGUGUCGAAUCAGUACGCUUCAACGGCUGCCAUGAAAGGAGAUUACACUCGGACGAAGAAGAGGGAUUACCGAGGAACGCUCAACGACCUGGGCUUGUCAAUCACCAGGUUUUACAAUGGGUUGGUAAAUGACUACUUUAGUCAGUUAGCUAUUGACUUUCUCCUCGGAAACGUCACAGCCCUUGUAUUCUCCGAAUUUGAGGCGGACAUGGUGACGAAGGAUCCGGCUGUAUCAGUCGUGAAAAGGCGGGAGCAGGCCAUCGAGCUAUGCCAAGACCGCGUCAUUGAAGACGAAAGCGAGGAGUUCAUCGGCGGAUGGGCAGUGCUAGCGCCCGCAGUAUCAGGCGUCAUCCAAGGCCAGCCGAUGGAGGAGUCCAUCCUCCUCCUAACCGAUGCCGCCCUCUACCUCUGCCGCUUCGACUGGGAUCUCGACAGGGUAUCAUCCUUCGAGCGCGUCGACCUAGCACACAUCGUGGGCAUAAAAUUCGGCACAUACAUCACAUCAACGAUCUCGACCGUGCACAUGGACGAGACGAAGAACGUGGGCUGCGUGAUAUCCUACGAGCCCGGCAAGUACGAUUUCACGCGGACCAACACGAGGACGCUGUCGAAUUUCGAGGAUAAGCGUAAGACGCGCCAGUCAUCGUCUGAUUUUGGCAACGGCUCCAUAUCGGGGUUCGCGAGCUUCUUCUCCGGAGGGAAGACACGUGCUGGACCUGUCAUCAGGAGAAUCGCGCUCAAGGCGCCGUACGCGCAGUCUUCGCUGGCAAAGGAUGGCGAUGGGCUCCGCCAGACGGAGAUUCAGCAGGUUGUGACCAUGUGCUCUGAGAUUGAACGUAUGGCGUUCAAGGCUCAGGGGAAGGAGACGAAUGGCGACACGAGCAUGAUUGAGAAGGAGGAUAUAAUCUCGCUGGAGGAGGCGAGGAGGAGUACGGGAUUGCUAGAGCAAUUGGGGCAUUCGAUAAAGCGUAUGGUCUGGGCGUGA